AUGUCUACCGCUGCUCGUCGCCGUCUCAUGCGAGACUUCAAGCGCAUGCAGACCGAUCCUCCCGCCGGCGUCUCUGCUUCACCUGUACCAGACAAUGUCAUGACCUGGAACGCCGUCAUCAUCGGCCCCGCAGACACUCCCUUUGAAGAUGGCACCUUUCGACUUGUGAUGCAGUUCGAAGAGCAAUACCCCAACAAGCCUCCUCAAGUCAAGUUCAUCAGCCAGAUGUUCCACCCCAACGUCUACGCCACCGGAGAGCUUUGUCUCGACAUUCUGCAAAACCGAUGGAGCCCUACGUACGAUGUCGCUGCUGUCUUGACCAGUAUUCAAAGUUUACUUAAUGACCCAAACACUGGUUCGCCCGCAAACGUCGAAGCUUCCAACCUCUACAAGGACAAUCGAAAGGAAUACACCAAGCGUGUCAGAGAGACGGUGGAGAAGAGCUGGGAAGAUUGA